CUUCCUUUUUACCCUUGUUUUUAACUCUAUCCAUCCAUCCAUUAUUCUCUCCUUCUCUCUCUCUCUCUCUCCUUUUUAUUUGCUCAAAAAAAUUCCCAGUUGAAAAAUUUGAGAGAUAGUGACUUUAACUAAUUCUUACUGUUUCUUUUUAGUGUUGCUCUGUUUUAAAACAGGGGAAAAACAGAGUUCACAAAUCUCUAAAAGAAAACGGAAAAGAUAAGGACUUGCUGAUUUUUUUUGGGGAUAAUUUGUUGAAAAAAUGACGGUUGAAGAAAGGAGAGAUGAAGCAAAUGAUCAAUUUCCAAUUGGUAUGAGAGUUUUGGCUGUUGAUGAUAACCCCAUUUGUCUUACCCUUCUGGACUCUCUCUUGAGAAAAUGCAAAUAUCAUGUUACAACGACGAACCAAGCCAUUACGGCUCUGAAGAUGCUUCGAGAAAACAAGAACAAGUUCGAUCUCGUUAUAAGCGAUGUUCACAUGCCGGACAUGGAUGGUUUUAAGUUGCUUGAGCUUGUUGGGCUUGAGAUGGAUUUGCCUGUCAUAAUGUUGUCCGGUAAUGGUGAUCCCAAACUAGUAAUGAAAGGGAUAACCCAUGGAGCUUGUGAUUACUUGCUUAAGCCUGUAAGGUUGGAGGAGCUGAAGAAUAUAUGGCAGCACGUAAUCAGAAAAAAGAAGGUCGACCCUAAAGACCGAGACAACUCUAACAACCAGGACAAUAAUUCUAGUGAAGGAAAUGGAGUUAGAGGUGCAAACUGUGAUCAGGAUGUGAAGUUUUGUAGAAAGCGCAAGGACCAAAACUUGGAUGAUGAUGAAGACGAAGAUGAGGAUGAAAAUGAAAAUGAAGACCCUUCUGCUCAGAAGAAACCUCGUGUUGUCUGGUCUGUGGAGCUGCACCGCAAGUUUGUUGCUGCUGUAAACCAACUUGGCCUUGAGAAAGCUGUACCUAAGAAAAUCCUGGAAUUGAUGAAUGUCGAUAAGCUUACAAGAGAAAAUGUGGCUAGUCAUCUCCAAAAAUAUCGGUUGUAUUUGAAAAGAAUCAGCGCGGUGGCCAACCAGCAAGCAAACAUGGCUGCAGCAUUUGGAGGGCCUGAUUAUCUCCGAAUGAAUGCUGUGAAUUUCCACGGCUUCAAUGGCAGUCCACAGUUUCACAACACUUUGAGACCCAUCCCACCUCCUGGAGUCCUAGGCAGAUUAAACACUCCGGCCGGGAUGGGCCUUCACGGGCUCCCCCCUUCUGGACUUGUUCAGUUGACCCAUCCCCAAACCCAAACCCACACCCAAAACCCACCUCCUUCCAUCACUGAUUCCACUAAAUUCCACCCUAACUUGUUUGGUGGGGAUCAUACUGGGACCGUUCUUCAAGGAAUGCCAACAUCUUUAGAGUAUGAUCAGCUCCACAAAAACAACACCAUCUUAAGUAACUCAAACAACAACUCAAUUCUCAGCCUUCCUAACAGUUCAUUGACAAUGCAAGGGAGAUGUUCUCAAGAACGACAAAAUCUCGAUGGUUAUGGGGUAGGAACCUCAACCUCUCCCCCUAACUUGCUUGAUCAUAAUAGAUGUAAUACCAAUUGGCCUGCAGCUGUCCAGUCACAGCCAAAUCCUAUGAACUCCAUGGAUAAUGAUAUUAUUAUUUCUCCAAAUAUUUCUAUCCAAAAUCACUCGAAUAUGAUGCAGAACAUGAGUUAUGGGACCAAACAAGUAUGGGAUGCAGAUUUUCUGGAUGGCUCGGUAAACUCUCCAGUGGCCGGUACUCAAAGUGCAUAUGAUCCAAGGAGCAUGAGUAGUAGGAAUACUACGGGUUAUCAUUUAAUGGGUCAACCCAGAUUUGAUCAUUCCUUAGCCCCUCAACAUGACCAGAUGUUCAGGAAUUCAGCAGUAGACAUGAAUAUAAAAAUGAAGCAAGGGAUGUUUAUGGAACAAGGUGGGAGGCCUCUAGGAAAUUAUACUACUACUGGUAAUGGUGCUGGGUCUUUGGAAGAUGUUGUCACUGCAAUGUUUAAGCAGUCGUGAUCUUUCGUUGUCUAUGUCAAGGAGUAAGACGGGACAAGGAUGCAGAAUGGGAGUUUUGAAUCUGAUAUAUGUAUUCCUAGUUAGUUGAGGAUUGUGAAACAGUAGAAGAAGGUACACAGGAGAAGCACAGCCCGGUUUGGGGAAUCUCCCUUUUAUUUGUAAUUUUUACUAUACAGUUGGUUGCUGUCUUUGUUCUAGGCUAAGUGGUACUUUGCUGUCUUUGUUCUAGGCUAAGUAAGUGGUUGCUGUUCUGAAUAAAUGUUAUGGUUAGUAGUACUCAGAUGCUUACCAUAUCCCAUUCUCCAAUUUAAGGUUUCGUUCUUUUCA